AUGGCCGGUUACGGGUAUAAGCGUUGGGUGCGCAGAGCUGGUACUAUUCUUCCGAAGUUCAACAUUGACUUUGUUGUAGCUCUGCUGAGGCAAGAAAAUGCUAAAGACAUCUGUGUCAUCCAGCUACCUCUAGAAAUAAAAUACUGUAAUUAUUUUAUAAUUGUGAGCGGAUCUUCAACACGACAUCUCCAUGCAAUGGCACAUUACAUGCUGAAAAUGUACAAGCAUCACAAGGAAGAAGGUGACCCUCAUGCUCAGAUUGAAGGGAAAGAGACAGAUGACUGGCUGUGCAUUGAUUUUGGUAGCGUAGUGGUGCAUUUCAUGCUGCCAGAGGCACGAGAGGUUUAUGAAUUGGAGAAGCUAUGGACUCUUGGUUCCUAUGAUGACCAGUUAGCGCAGAUGAUGCCACAGUCACUGCCAGAAGACUUUAUAUUUGGAAUGACUCCUAACGGCAGUGAUCAUCCUGAUACAAGAACUUAAUGCAGCUGCUGAGUGGAAAGAGAAAUGAGUGUGCCUUCACAGAUCUGAGAGCAACAUACAGUCUUGAUUACUGACUUAACGUUCACUACAGUUGAUCGGUACAAAACAGUGUAUUUACUAGAUGUGCCUAGGUAAAGUUCUGAACAAGCUACAAAAAUAAUCAGAAUCAUUAAGGUUGGAAAAGACCCUUAAGAUCAGGUCCAACCAUACAGUGUCAAAGAAGGAAUCCUAUCAUAAAGGAGCUUCCUGGGGGAGUCACUGUCUCAAUGGCAUUUGCAGUGAGAAGAGUGGGGCAAAACCAGCUGCUUAAGUUAUCCUGAAACUCAUGCUCAGCCUCUACAUUAAUUUUUUUUCUAGUAUCUUUGAAAGACCUGCCUGUAGUGGCAGUGCAAAAAAGCCUUGAGUGCUGCAAGGAAAAACUGUGUGUGUGAAAUAGUACAGUUUAGAUGAGGCUCCUUGUAUUAAGCCAUUUGCUUCUGGUCAUGAUGAAGCACGUCAUGCUCUAAGUUAAAAGAGGAGAGAAAACACACUGGUGUUACUGAGCACAUAAAAGCCAAGAGUACAGCAGUGACAAAUAAACGUGUCUUGAGUUAACAGUAAGUUGGUUUUUCAGCCAAGGCCAAUCUGGUUUUAAUAAUGAAAAAAAAAUAAAAUCCUGAAGCGCUCUGAUUCCUUGUCUUCAUGGUAAAACAUUCAGUUCAUUCUAAGUGUGCAGUUGGCUUCUCCUCUAGUUUUUGUCUCACCUUGUUUCUGGAAACUGAGGCAACAUGCUAUGGCAGUAUAAACCUUCAGCUCCUUUGAAGUGAGCAAAAGUAGUUCUAAAGGAAGUCCUUAGUCACUGGGCAUUACUUGCUGCUACUGAACUGUUAAGCACUUUCAGAAGUCAUUGCGCGGUUUGUUCUUAGUCUGACUGCUGCAUGGUCUAAUAACCAGUUAGAAGAGCUUCAAGGUGGUAACAAAACUUCUCGUAUGUAAAACAAGAUGCUUUUCUCUGCUACAGGGCAGGGCUUUCAUCACUAGAUUAGGAUCUCUUCCUUCUGGAGAAGCUUGCUCUGCUGUGCCUCAGGAAGCAGAAACAGUAGAUCCUGAGGGUAAUGGCCUUUUUCCCUCAUAGCCCCACAAACUAUUUCAAGGCCUGUCUGCAUCUUUUCCCUGCACAGCAGCUGCUGCUUGUAAUGCUCAAAGAAAGUGACAUUGGUUUUUGUGCCUGUGGG